GCCUGGAAGAGGAGGCAGUCUUCCUUUCUUUCAGCUGGGUGCUUCUCUUGAGUCAGACCUACCCACGGCAGAGAUGUUUUCCGUGAGGGACCUCUGCCUGGUCCUGAGUUUGGUGGGUGCAAUUCAGACAGCAGAUGAUAGUGAUCCUGUCGGUGGUGAAUUUUUAGCUGAAGGAGGAGGGGUGCGUGGCCCAAGACUUGUGGAAAAACAGCAAUCUACCUGCAAAGAGACAGGCUGGCCCUUCUGCGCUGAUGAAGACUGGGGUGAAAAAUGCCCUUCUGGCUGCAGGAUGAAAGGGUUGAUUGAUGAAGUCAAUCAAGAUUUUACAAGCAGAAUAAAUAAACUAAGAGAUUCACUAUUUAAUUAUCAGAAGAACAAUAAGGACUCUAAUACAUUGACCAAGAACAUUGUGGAAAUUUUGAGAGGGGAUUUUGCCAAAGCUAACAACAAUGAUAAUACAUUUAACCAAGUAUCAGAAGAUCUGAGAAGCAGAAUUGAGAUCCUAAGGCGCAAAGUCAUAGAGCAAGCACAACAUAUCAACCUUCUGCAGAAAAAUGUCAAGAAUCAACUGGUAGAUAUGAAACGAUUGGAGGUGGACAUUGAUAUUAAGAUCCGAUCUUGCAAAGGGUCAUGCAGUAGAGCUUUAGAACAUAAGGUAGAUCUGGAGGACUAUAAAAAUCAGCAGAAGCAACUUGAACAGGUUAUUGCCAUAAACUUACUUCCCUCUAGAGACACUCAAUACUUAUCACUGAUAAAAAUGAGUGCAGUUACAGGCCCUGUACCCAGAGAGUUAAAGAGCCAGCUUCGAGAGGCCCCUCCAGAAUGGAAGGCACUGCUGGAAAUGCAGCAGAUGAAAAUGGUGUUGGAAAAUUUCGGUGGCGAUGGACAUGCCAGAGGAGACUCUGUAUCUCACAGAACAGGAUUAGCACCAGAAAGUCCCAGGAAGCCUGGAACCGGUAGUAUUGGAAAUGUGAACCCUGGGAGCUACGGACCUGGAAGUAGUGGCACUUGGAGCCCCGGCCACCCUGAGCCCGGAAGUGCUGGCGCCUGGAACACCGGCAGCCCCGAGCCCGGAAGUGCUGGCACCUGGAACACCGGCCGCCCCGAGCCCGGAAGUGCUGGCACCUGGAACACCGGCCGCCCCGAGCCCGGAAGUGCUGGCACCUGGAACACCGGCCGCCCCGAGCCCGGAAGUGCUGGCACCUGGAACACCGGCCGCCCCGAGCCCGGAAGUGCUGGCACCUGGAACACCGGCAGCCCCGAGCCCGGAAGUGUGGGCAUUCGGAAUACUGGAAGCUCUGGGUCUUCAAGUUUUAGGCCAGAUAGCUCAGGUCAUGGGGGGAACAUUAGGCCUUCCAGUCCAGACUGGGGCACCUUUAGAGAGGAAGGAAGUGUAAGCUCAGGGACAAAGAAAGAGUUCCACACAGGUAAACUUGUCAGUGCUAAAGGAGAAAAAGAGCUUCUGAUCGGUAAUGAGAAGGUCACCUCUGGUCACGCAACUACCACUCGUCGUUCAUGCUCUAAAGUCAUUACGAAGACUGUCACAAAUGCCGAAGGUCACACAGAAACGACCAAAGAAGUGGUCAAGUCUGAAGAUGGUUCUGACUGUGGUGACGCAGACUUUGACUGGGACCAUACUUUUUCUACGAGGGGUAACCUAGAGGAUUUCUUUCAUAGAAACAGUGAUGGUUUCUUCACCCAUAAGUUACACGAGUUUGACGGUAAGACACGCUUAGAAUCCGAUGUUCCAGACUUAAGGGAAAUUGGCUCUUCGGGUAGUAAAACUUCAGCUCACAGCAAACAGUUUCUAAGCAGUAGCACAACUAUCAGCAGAGGUGGCUCUGCGCUUGAAAGCAAGAACUUUAAAAUGGCAGAUGAGGCCGAAAGCAUAGAGGAUCUUGGCAUUAAAGGAGCACAUGCCACCAAGACAGGCCACGCUAAAGCUCGUCCUGCCAGAGACUGUUAUGAUGUCCUCCAAACACAUCCUUCAGGUGCCCAAAGUGGCAUUUUCAGUAUCAAGCUACCAGGAUCCAGUAAAAUUUUUUCUGUUUAUUGCGAUCAAGAGACCGGUUUGGGAGGAUGGCUUUUGAUCCAGCAAAGAAUGGAUGGAUCACUGAAUUUUAACCGAACCUGGCAAGACUACAAGAGAGGUUUCGGCAGCCUAAAUGACAAGGGAGAAGGAGAAUUCUGGCUAGGCAAUGAAUACCUCCACUUACUAACCCUGAGGGGCUCCGUCCUUAGGGUUGAAUUAGAAGACUGGGCUGGGAAAGGGGCUUAUGCAGAAUAUCACUUGAGAGUAGGCUCUGAGGCAGAGGACUAUGCCCUGGAGGUCUCCGCUUACAAGGGCACAGCAGGUGAUGCGCUGAUUGAGGGCUCUGUGGAGGAGGGGACAGAGUACACUUCCCACACUGGCAUGCGGUUCAGCACCUUCGACAGGGAUGCAGACAAGUGGGAAGACAACUGCGCUGAAGUCUAUGGGGGAGGCUGGUGGUACAACAACUGCCAGGCAGCCAAUCUCAAUGGCAUCUACUAUCCUGGCGGCUCCUAUGACCCCAGGGACAACAGUCCCUAUGAGAUUGAGAAUGGUGUGGUCUGGGUCCCCUUCAGAGGUGCAGAUUAUUCUCUCAGGGCUGUUCGUAUGAAAAUCCGGCCCCUUGUGACACAAUAGGCUGAAGGAGUGGAAGUGAGAGGACUCUAUUUAGUGAAGAAAAGAAAAAAUUAAGGAAGAGAAAGGAGUUGAGAUUCUUUACAGCCUACUAAAAAUUCUCAGGUGCUAUUUUAUUAUUCUUUGUACUGUAGCUAAAUGUAACUGAGACAUAGUAGUGUUUAUAAAAUAAAGCUAUAUGAGUUUUUAAUCUUUACUAUA